UUACAGUCAGUCUUUUUGACCAACAAAAAAAAUAACAAAAAGAAAAUCAGAAAGGAAAACGCUUCACUUUCAAUGCCGUUGAAAUAAUCGAAUUAACCAUCUUCACACUCUCUGUAGCUCAGAUUUUUCAGAGCUGCAAUUCGCUAAAAAAAAUAAAUUUCUUCGCUUUUCAUUUUCAUUUUCUCGCGGGAAUUUUGGAUUCUCCAGAAAAAAGGAAAAGAAAGAGCUCUCGGAUUUUCUCUCUUCUCUCUUUUAUUUUUUCCCUUUUUGUAUUUUCUCUUUGCGUUAGGUUAUUUCUUUUCUUUUUCUUUUUCUUUUUUUUGUGGAAAUGAAGUCUUCAUUUGGUAAACUUCGAAGAUUUGCGCUUCACAAGAACGACAACAAGGAUAAAUUAGAUAUUUUAUCUUCUGCUCAUUUAGAUGAACUUGCUCAAGCAGCUCAGGAAAUGCAAGAUAUGAGAACUUGCUAUGAUAGCUUACUUUCUGCAGCUGCAGCAACGGCAAACAGUGCAUAUGGUAAAAAUGCUGUGUGCUAUAUUGUCAUAUCCAUUUUUAGAAUUCUCAGAGUCAUUGCAAGAAAUGGGCUCCUGUCUGCGGGAAAAAAGAGUGCUACCUGAUGAUGAAGAAAGCCGUAGAAUUUUGUUAAUGUUGGGGAACUUACAGUUUGAACUCCAGAAACUUGUGGAUAACUAUCGCUCGCAUAUAGUGCUGACAAUUACAAACCCAUCAGAGUCACUUCUCAAUGAGCUUAGGACUGUCGAGGAUAUGAAGCGGCAGUGUGAUGAGAAAAGAAGUGUCUAUGAGUACAUGGUGACACAGCAAAAGGAAAAAGGAAGGUCAAAAGGCGGGAAAGGUGAAACUUUCAGUUUGCAGCAAUUGCAAAUAGCUCAGGAAGAAUAUGAUGAAGUGGCAACCCUUUGUGUUUUCCGAUUGAAAUCUCUGAAGCAAGGGCAAUCCAGAAGUCUUCUAACACAAGCUGCUCGUCACCAUGCAGCACAGUUGAAUUUCUUUAAGAAAGGACUUAAAUCACUUGAGGCAAUUGAGCCUCACCUUAGGCAGGUUACAGAACAACAACACAUUGAUUAUGAGUUCUCUGGCCUUGAAGAUGAUGAUGAGGAAGAUGGUGAGAUUGCUUACGACCCAAACAAAGAAGGGGAAUUAAGUUUUGACUACAGAGCAAAUGAGAAAGGGGUUGAUGUUACUUCUGUGUCAUCAAUAGAGGAAGAUGAAGUAACUCUUUCUUUCCCCCAAACUUCUUACAUGGAAAAUGAAGAGGUAAAUCCAGAGAGAAACCAUGGGGAUAUUCAGGUCUCAAGUAGGGAGCAUAGAGUGGGUAGCCAUUCAGCUCCCAUAUUUCCUGAAAGGAAGCUUGAUCCUGCUGAAAGAGUAAAACAGAUGUUGCAGUCAUCUACAAGGAAGUCUAACACUUAUGUGCUUCCAACACCAAAUGACUCCAAGUCUGCAGUCCCUUCAAGAACAGUUAGCUCAUUUACCCACACAAGACCGACAAAUGUAGCUGGACGUCUGCAUAAUUUGUGGCAUUCUUCCCCACUAGAGUCUGGUGAUGGUCAACUAUCAGAAAAAUCUGAAUCAGUCCUGAAGGAGAGUAAUAAUAGUAAUACUUUUACACAACUACCCCCUCCUUUGUCUGAAGGACAAGUACCUGCCCAUCCUGAUAGUUCCACUGAAGCCAAAAGAAUAAAAAAGAAAGCUGCAGCCGGUCCAUUAACCAGUAAACAAGCAUCGUCAAGGCCUAUUCCUUCUGCUGAACUUCCCCAUAUAGCUUCAGCAGUAUUUUCUCAUUUGCCAGUUCCUCAACCAUUAUCACCUCCAAAAGUAUCCCCAAGUGCAUCACCUCCCCUUGUUUCUUCACCCAGAAUAAAUGAGCUUCAUGAGCUUCCGAGGCCCCCUCCUGUUAGUUCAGCUGCUAAACCUGCAAAACCUUCUGCCUCGGUUGGCCACUCUGCUCCACUAGUCUCAAGAAAUCAAGAGCAUUCUGCAAGUACUAUUCCUUCACUGGCAUCAAGUGGAGCUUCUCCUCUUCCAGCUCCACCUUCAGUUGUCCCUCGAAGUUUCUCUAUACCCUCUAGCAAUCAAAGAGCAAUGGCGAUUCACGUUUCCAGGCUUUUGGAGGCUCCACAAGUUCCAUCCCCUCCAUUGACGCCCCUUUCCAUUGUAAACAUCAAGCCACUACAAGAUGUUUCUGAAGUGCCAUCUCAUGGUGGCCAAAUGAGAGGUGGGAGCUGAGAAACCUGAAUCUGAUUCAUAUCCGCAUUUGUUGAAUUUUUCCGAAGUCUGGACAUCCAGAAAGUUGAAGUAGGGAUGGGCUGUAAAUUAAGACGUUAGUAAUAUGUUUGGUUUCACAUCUCAAUCUCUGUCAGCAAAUGAUGGGAACUGAAGGGCUGAAGAUUUGUGUAGCAUCAUCACGUAUAUUCUUCACAUCAGGAUUUCUUUAUUUUUUGUACAUUUUUACUUUGAUGUACGCAUCAAAAUUCAAAAGUUGAAAAGGGAUUUGGCGUUUGUAUUUGAUACGUUGCCACGACCAAGAUGUGAAAAGGAUUUUGCCCUGGUAAGUGGAAACUGGGAACUACUAGUGUUUGGAUUGUGUAUAUAGGUUUAGAAAUUAGAAUGUAAUGGACCCGAGCCAACUCAGUUGAUACAUAAAUGGCCAUUGCCAACUUCAAGCUUAGUUCA